CUCUUUUUGAAUUUGUCUAGUAGGUCUUCCGGUUUUUACCGGAAGGCCCUUCCUAUUAUGCAAGUUGCGCUUAACAAUAGAUCUACUUAAAACUAUGGGUAGUCUUCAUCCUAGAGGGCGGGCUCCGGAGACAUCCCUUUACUCCUGCUCUUGAACAUUUUGUUGGUUCUAUACGUGCAACGUCCGUUGUUCUAUGGCGUCCGUCUCCGCCCAACCUGCGGCCCUGAGCGCCGAACAGGCCAAGGUGGUUCUGGCCGAGGUGAUCCAGGCGUUCUCGGCUCCUGAGAACGCCGUACGCAUGGACGAGGCUCGGGACAACGCGUGCAACGACAUGGGCAAGAUGCUGCAAUUCGUGCUGCCCGUGGCUACACAGAUUCAGCAGGAGGUUAUCAAAGCCUAUGGCUUCAGCUGCGAUGGGGAAGGUGUCCUUAAGUUUGCCCGCUUGGUCAAGUCUUACGAAGCCCAGGAUCCCGAGAUUGCCAGCCUGUCGGGCAAGCUGAAGGCACUGUUCCUGCCGCCUAUGACACUGCCGCCCCACGGGCCUGCUUCAGGUGGCAGCAUAGCUGCCUCCUGAGGGUUGGUGUCCCAGAGGAUAAUAAACAUGCCUGUGAUUUA